UAGUGGGUUAGGGCUCCCAUAGUCAGUGCUUUUGAAACUAACAUGGAAAUGUUGCGGGGUUUGGAAAGGGGUCUUCUCCAUACCCAAACCCGAACUAGAAAGUCCGAAAUGUCUAAAUGUUUGAUUCACAGCCAAGGCACCAGUUAGCAAAGUGAAGCUUUGCUCCGGAGGUGACAAUUCAGUGAGAGAACCACCUCUCUCUCGGAAUUUACAGCAAUUACUGCAUUUAAAAAAAUCCCCUUCAUGUCAAUCAGUGUCAAGAGGAUGUCUGUCCUAAUGAUCAGCUCCGCUAAUCCUUGGCGAUUUAUUCAUUUCCCCCUCGUAUACCGACAUCUGGGAAGCUUAAAAGAUUGACGGAACACUAUGGGGAGUGGUCUGGGAGCCAGGGAGAGAUCUCAGGAGAUCAGGCGAGUCCCACAGGGUAUUUUCUUGAGGUUCGGUAGAAUUGGAGAGGUCUUUUCCUUAAAAAAAGUACAUUCUUUUUAAAAUGUAACUGUUUCCCAUUUUUGAGACGUUGAGUUUCUUUCCUGGUCUGUUUAACAUUUUUAUCAAACAAGGAUAAAAGGUCUGUAGUCGCCACUGGAGCUUGUUUUUCUUUAACAAAAUGUCGAUUGGAAUCGACUUCGAAAGUUGUGAGCAGGGGGGCAUGGCUUUGCAGGAGUUGCUGUGAGCUGUGAUUUGUUUCUUUUCUUGGAGCCCAAUGCGUCGUUCCAGGCUGAAAUGAACGGCGUGGAAGAAACCUGUUUGCCCCCCAGCAGCUUCCACGAAAUGGUUAAGAGCCCAGGCGCCUGUUCGCGAGUUCACAGCAUCGACGUGAUCCUGGGAUUUGCGAAGGAUCAAUCCGUGCUCAGCCCGGCGCCCCUUCCUUCCAAAUGCUCCCAGGAGCAGGGCGAGAGCCAGCAGACUGCCUGCUACAGCCCCAUCCCCGGCCUUGGGCUCCGGGAGGUCACCGACCGGCCUCACACCUUUGACGGCGACCGGCCUCACACCUUUGAUGAUUCCAGGCUGUUCUUGAACAAGGAUCUUGGUGAGCUAACAGACAGCGAGCAGAAAGCCGAGCUGAAAAUGGAUGAGGAGCCACCUAAGAAGAAGCACAGGAGGAACCGCACUACCUUCACCACGUACCAGCUCCAUGAGCUGGAGAGAGCCUUCGAAAAGUCCCACUACCCCGAUGUGUACAGCAGAGAGGAGCUAGCCAUGAAAGUCAACUUGCCUGAAGUCCGGGUGCAGGUAUGGUUUCAAAAUAGGAGGGCAAAGUGGAGGAGACAAGAGAAGAUAGAGGCUAGCGCAAUGAAAUUGCACGAUUCUCCCAUGCUAUCCUUUAAUAGGCCACCGAUGUCCUCCAGUGUUGGACCCUUGAGCAAUUCCCUUCCACUGGACCCCUGGCUGACAUCUCCCAUCUCUAGUGCAACUUCUAUCCACAGCAUACCCAGCUUCAUGGCAGCACCGCAAGGCUUACAGACCAACUACUCAAGCCACUCAUUCUUAAAUUCUCCACCGCCGAUGGUCCAGACAAUGCAGUCGAUGGGAUCUCCAACCUACCAAUGCGCAACAACAUUUGUGGACAAAUAUCCUUUGGAAGAUGUAGACCAGAGAAGUUCCAGCAUUGCCUCCUUAAGGAUGAAAGCCAAGGAACACAUCCAGUCCAUCGACAAAAGCUGGCAAAAUAUCUGAUGGAAAACUAUCGGUACUUUAGGAAAGCUGUUAAACAGUACCUUGGUUGAAGUGACAAUGUGAUGGCAGCCUCCAGCUCCAAAAUAACUUAAUCCAUCAUGAGGCAAUAGUCAUGAUAAAAAUGUCUGGAUCUUAAAAGCUACCAGUGUGACCUGGAUAAAAGCAAACUGCAGGUGGGACUGGCCUUAGUUAUACACCAAAAGAUAAAUUUUAUCUUUUGAUUACGGAGGUAACACUCCAGUGUUAUGGGGAGAAUAUAAAGGCACCACUGCUUUCUAUGCUUUUCCAUUAUCACAACACUGUAGCAAAAUGCUGUCUUUCAUUACCUUCCCAAUUAGGCCUAUUGAAUGCUGUAGAUAAUGUGCAAUUUUUUUUAUAUCAUUGGGAAACCUGGGUGAAGGGGCAAGGCCCACAGUGCAGGACACCACUAAGGUUGUAAAGAGUAGAAGGAAAGAGAAGAAAUAGUAUUUAGAUAAUCCCAAGUUUGUAGAAUACAAGGUGCAAGGAAGGUGAGGAUUUCCACAGUUUUCAGAUCGUUGAAGAAAAUGAUUAGAGGUAGAAGAUGUUGUGAUGAAUGUGGUUCUCAACAGAGUGAGAAUAUUGACAGGAUCGAAGUGGUCUUUCACUUCUUGUUGUCUUACAGAUUAUCUUCUUUAAAAAAUAAACAAUAUUGCUGUUAAAUAGUUAUUUGAAAGAGACUGCCAUCCUUAGCAUGCAAAGAUGUGCAGUGCUUUCUCAUUGGGUCUAACAUUUGACUUUUGUGAAUAAAUUUAAUUUGAAUCUUAUGAGCACACAGUUCUGGAAUAUAGGUUAAUGAUAUUACAGAAAAUUACAUAUCAACACUGCCAAGCCACCAAUCAGCCAGAGUCCAUUUUAAUUGAACAUUGCUCCAAUAAAAAAUGUCAGUUGAAUCUGUCCUGUAUGUGUUGGUACUUCUGAUAUACUUUUAAAACUUUUUUUAAAGAGUUUGAGUACUUGUUUUCAGCAAAGUGACGUGUAUCGGUCGUGGGAAAUGGACUUGCCCAUGUGAGCACUCAGUGUCAGUGUCAAUCAUCACUAACUCAGAUACAGCACAGUUAGCUACAAAUAUAUUCUUACUGUUUUCCAGAAUCAAACACUCAAGUUAGUAUACAUCCAUGAGUGAAGCAUAGUCUACAUUAGGAAUGUAGAUCCAGGAGUAAAUCAUUCAACCUCUUAUCACUGUGCUGCCAAUCAAAUAACCAUUUCUGAUCUAUGUGUUAACUCCAUCGUAUUCUUUGAUGUAUUCAUUGAAUGGAAGGUGCUCUGGAACAUCCUGGACAUGUAAAAAUAUGCUAUGAAAAUGCAAAUUUUACAUUCAUUCAUCAGAUGCACUUGUUGCCAGCUCUUUCUUGUGUUUUUGGAUGUUUUUGUGUUCGUAUCUGAUGUAAUAU